AUGGAGCUUUCAAAUGGCGUCGUCCUCCAGGUCUUUGAUGAGGUAAUCCCCAAACUCAAACUCAAAAAUGAUGGGUUAAUAUUCGCAUCAUCAGUGGCAGGGUAUAUUCUGGGUACUUUGAGAAAUCCAACUCAUGAAAAUUCAAGACCUAUUAUUAGAAGUUCAAUGCUCAAAAACAAAAUGUCGAUCAGACUAAGUGAAACCACGGUUUAUCUCAAAGAAGUGGAGGUAGUCUAUGACCCAACGACAGAUUCGAGAGCACCAUGGAAAUUCUUGCGAUUCCGUGACGAUAAGGAUUUAGCCUGCGAGAAAUUUUAUUUCGAGUUGAACUUAAUUUCAAUUCCCAUCGUUACAACUCCGGUGGGUGUAACACACAGAAAAAUCUUCCUUCUCUCGCCGCAACAGCCGACUCCUCCAACGCCUAAAGACAGAGAAGACGGACAUUUGGAACAACAUGUAACACGAUUAUCGUAUGCGUCCGUUGCAACCUACACCGCCGUCGCCUCAAGCUAG